AGGACUUUUCUAGCGGGUCCUUUUUAAAUUCACCUCUACUCGUGGGUUUCAUGCAGUGAGACACAACUCUUGUUCGACUAAUUAUUUGUUGUGAAACGAACACAAAAUGAGUCUCGCGUCAAAGGCUUCACGUUUCAAAUCGAAGUUCAUCACUGAUGAGCUUGCGUGUCUGUUCAGCCAGUCGGACAGCGAGGGGGAGUUCGAAGGCUUCAGUGAGGAUGAGGAAAACGAGGACGGAGAAUGUUUCAAUAAACGGCGGAAGACCACGAUGGCAGGCUCGGAGGAUGACAGUGAUGUGGAUGCAGGGUUCCACUCUGAUGUAGAGGAGGCCCCUCUCCCAAAGAGGAGGAGUCUUUUAGUUGCCCUGAGGUUUCCGAUGAAAAGACCAUCUUCGCCUAAACAAAAACCACAAAAGAAAAGUGUAAAGAAGGCAGUCAAAGAAACCCCCCAGCAGAGAGGCAGAAGAAGGCGAAGGAAGCCCCAGGAUGAGGAAGAGCUGCAAGACGAUGAUGACAGUGACGAGGAAGCGCUGUCUCUGAGUCUGAAGAAAAGAAACAAGAACAUCCAGGAGAACAAGGCCAUGUUGGCUACGCUGUUUGCAGAUCUCAGCACCAUGGCUGACCUGGCUCUGUCCACCCCCACUCAAAAGAAGAAGAGAGAGUCAGUGAAGGCACCCCGGAAAGGCAAAACUAAACUAGAUAUGAAGUCCAAAAGGAAAAAUCCAUCUCGUAAAGCCCGUCCUCCGAAGAAUUUUGCAGUGGAGGAGAAAACGGAGACGCUCUCACAAAGAAAUCCCAGAAAAGUAGACCUCAGGAAACUCAUGCAGGUGGAUGAGGAUGUUGUUGGUGAGAGACAGAAAAUGAAAAAGCGGCAAAAGAAAAAGAAGAGCCGGUUUGCGGUAAGACCAGUGGAUGACAUCACCAAAGAAGAUCUGGACAACAUAGUGUACUGCAGCAAGUUGAAGAUAUAUGACAAAGACCAUGGCAGCUCAUGUCACCAGUGCAGACAGAAGACUCUGGACACCAAGACAGUGUGUCGCAGUGGUUUUUGUGUGGGGGUCAGAGGUCAGUUCUGUGGGCUGUGCCUGAAGAACCGUUAUGGCGAGGACGUUCGAUCUGUGUUGCUUGACCCGAAGUGGGCGUGUCCCAUCUGCCGAGGAAUAUGUAACUGCAGCGUAUGUCGUAAGAAGGAGGGACGCUGCGCCACAGGCCUCCUAGUGGCUCUGGCUCGCUUUAACGGCCACGACAAUGUUCACGAGUAUCUGAAAAAUAUUCAGAAGGAGUUGAAAUAGAGUCCAGAGAACUGAGCAGAGAGGAGAACCCGUUUCUAAAGCUGGUAUCCAGAAGAGGUUCUGGUGUUGCACAGUACCAUUAAACCUUGUUUUAAUACAUACUCUAUAUGAUUAGUCUUUUUAUAGAAAGAAACGCAUAGUUUAUUUUACGUCACCUUAAGAAAAAUACACUGUUGUCUAUAUACUGUCGUCUUAUAUACUGUAUGUAUCUUUUUCGUUUUCAGUUGUUUGUUUUGUCUGUCCUUUCUGUUACUACCUUGUUGAGACUGAUGCAGCAUUCUUGUCAAAAUAAUAAUAAAGAAUGUUAUUACCUA